AUGCCUACAGUGAGUCAGAAAGGGGACAUUGACCCUCCAGACGAGGUCACAUCGGAGGCUGUUCGAGGGUUCCUCACUGGAGCGUUUCGGUUUGGCUCCGUGUCCAUCCUUGCACAUAUGAUCCUUAUGCUUCCUCAUCCUUUCAAGUUCUCUCCGCCGGCAGCAACUCCGUCGCAUCCACCGGCGUCGCCGUCAUCAAGUCGUCCGAGGACCUUGCGUUUUUCCAAGGACCAUCUACGGUCCAAAUUCAUCUACGGCCCCCUCGAGGGGUUUUCUGAGUGGCUGUCUCCGACGGCCCGGGUCUACCGGGGAUUGACUCCGCAAUUUAAGGUCUUCCUACAGAUUGCGGCAAUGACUCUGGGGGGAUGCAUCUGGGCCGAGCGGAGAGUGAACGAAUAUAUUGAUUUCAUGCGGAAGGUAAAACGAGCCGAACGACUGCAGGCACAGAGGGUAGCGCGAUUCUCAGAAUCGGAGUAG